GCGCCGCCGUGCCGCUCCGCUCCAUCCGGCGGGCGACGCUCCUAUCGCCAGGGCGGGGCGCCGCGCUGGACCUCCAGAGGCGUGGUACCUACUCUGGUGUCGGCUGCGAGUCGGAGCGCGAUCCCGAUGCCGGCCUCGACGAGCACGAAGAGUUUUUGCGCAGCAUGGGCAAGUUUAG